AUGGCGGAGCCGGGCGRCGAGGCUGAAGGGUCUCACCUGGAAGGCGGAUCGGCCUCUGGAGGAGAGGAGACCCAGGAAACCGAAGGCCAAGCGGAAUCACCACCGCUAGAGAACAAUGACCAGAUAAGCCAAGAGGCGGCGGGUGCCUCGGAAGAGCAAAUCACCACUGAAGGCGGAGGUGAAGUGGGAGGGGAAGGCUCAGAUGAGGAGGACAUCGCUGAGGAUGAGGAAGAGUCCCCGGAACGACAAGUUGCCAUUGAAGAUAACGCCGAGGAGGAAGACGUGUCCAUUGCGGAAAUCGUACCCUUUUCUAAUGUGGAAGUCACAAUGGUUGAAAGACGAAUCAGCUCUGCACAGUCCAUUCAUUCAGAUGCCAACCUUCAGGAAGAGCCAGAAGAUGAAAGUGGCCCUGUACAUCUGCAGGAAGGCGUUGAAGAUGCCUAUCAAGAAGCCGUGGAGCCAUCCGAAUCAAAAGGGGCCAUCUCCAGAGAGCCCAGUCUGCAGCCAGUCGAAGGCCCCUCUGAGCCAACGGGCCCAGGUGCUUCUGAACCCACAGAGGACAGCUUGACGGAAGCACAGAAAGACGCCCCGCAGAAGGCCUUUCCCGUGGGGACCGGACACCGUGUCCGACUGAGCCUGGAUGACAUCGCAGAGGAGCUCCCCCRGGGCACGCAGGAGCCAGAGGAGCCCCAGGCCCGCCCGCGGGAGGAACCCCUGACAGCCUUCCUGGACCGGAUCCAACAACUGACCUCGGAGGAAGAGGCCCUGGAGGACAGAAUCGAGUCUGACGAGAGUGAAGAGGCUGAAGAAGAGGCAUCCCAGCUGGUGGUUCUGGACCCUGAGCACCCUCUGAUGGUCAGGUUCCAGGCUGCCCUGAAGAGCUACCUUACCCGACAGAUAGACAAGUUGAGGCUGGAACUCCAAGAGCUGGAAGUGGCCACCAAGCAAAGCCACGCCCAGCGGCAGGAGCUGGGCGUCAGUCUCUAUGGAGUCCAGCAGCACCUGGCCCGCCUGCAGAUGCAGCUGGAGAAGAGCCAUGACCGCCACUCGGUGGCAGCCUGCGAGAGGAGGCAGCAGGAGGAGGAGCUGCGCGAGGUGCGCGCGCUCUACAACAAGACCAACGAGGCCGCCAACCAGGAGCGCAAAAAGYUGGCAGCCCUGCAGCUGGAGAUGGAGAGGUUGGCCCUGAAUCUCUUCUACAUGCAGAACGUGGACCAGGACGUGCGGGACGACAUCUGCGUGAUGAAGCAGGUGGUGAAGAAGGCCGAGGUGGAGCGCACGCGGGCCGAGGCGGAGAAGAGAAAGCAGGACCUGUUCGUGGACCAGCUCACCCUGCGGACCAGCCAGCUGGAAGACGACAUCUCUCUGUUGGAGGCGCAGUACCUUGCCCAAGCUGAGGACACCCAGAUCCUAAGGAAAGCAGUGAGUGAGGCCUGCAUGGAGAUCGAGGCCAUCAACAUGGAGAAGAAGCGCAUCCUGCAGCAGUGGUCCACCAGCCUGGUGGGCAUGAAGCACCGCAACGAGGCGCACCGCACCAUCACGGAGGCCCUCAGAGAAUGCCAGCACCAAGCCAAGUCCCUCGACAGCGAGCUGGAGGCCUACAGGAAGUCCAUCAUGAAGGAGGAAGAAAAGAACGAGAAGCUGGCCAGCGUCCUGAACCGGACAGAGACGGAGGCCAGCCUGCUGCAGAAGCUGACCACACAGUGCCUGGCUAAGCACGAGGUUCUGCAGAACGAGUUCAACACCUACAGGCUCACCCUGCAGAACACAGAGGACGCCCUGAGCAAGGGCCACCAGGAGCACGCAGCUGUUACAAGCGAGCUGCAGAGUAUCCAGCAGACCACCCACCAGGAGCUGGACCUGCGGCACAGGAUGGACGCCUCCAUCAUGGACAAGCUGCAGGAGCACAUGACCUCCAACAAGAUGACCAAACACUUCAAGCAGCUCCUGCUGAAGCUGCAGAAGAAGAAGACCAACAUGGUGACGCAUCUUUCCAAACUCGAUGGCGACAUUGCUCAGGCCACCCUGGACAUCACCCACACCAACUGCAGGCUGGACAUGCAUCAGAGGGUGCUGGGCGAGCUGGACAAGGAGGUGAAGAGGGUGAACGACCUCAUCACCAACAGCGAGAACGAGAUCGCCCGGCGCACGAUCCUCAUCGAGAGGAAGCAGGGCCUCAUCAACUUCUUCAACAAGCAGCUGGAGCAGAUGGUCUCGGAGACGGGGGGGGAAGAAUUGGGGCCCCUGGAGCUGGAAAUCAAAAGGCUGACCAAGCAGAUGGACGAGCACAAUGCCAGUGUCAACCAGGCCCAGGUGACCUGGCUCCGCCUGCAGCAGGAGCUGGUCAAGGUCACGCAGGAGCGGGAGGAGCAGGUGGCCGCCCUGGACAUGCUCAGGAAGGACAUCCGCAUCAUGGAGCACAAGAAGCUUCGCACCGAGAACAAGAUUGAGCAAGAGAAGAAGGAGCAGAAGGAGAUUGAGCGCCACAUGAGGGACUUGGACAACGACCUCAAGAAGCUCAACCUGCUCAUGAACAAGAGCCGGAGCAGCUCCCAGGAGCUGCAGCAGGAUAACCUGGUGGCCGAGACGGAGUUCGUGCGCUCGCUGAAGGCCGCCGAGAGGGAGACCAUCGAGAUGCAGGAGAAGCUGGAGCAGCUCCAGGAGGACAAGGCCACCGUCCUCAACAGCCUGGUGGAGGCAGAACACCAGAUCAUGCUUUGGGAGAAAAAAAUCCAACUGGCAAAAGAGAUGCGCUCCUCGGUGGACUCUGAGACAGGACAGACAGAGAUCCGCACCAUGAAGGCCGAGAUCCACAGGAUGAAGGUCAAGCACGGGCAGCUGCUGAAGCAGCAGGAGAAGAUGGUCCACGACAUGGAGCUGGCCGUGGCCCGCAGGGAGACCAUCGUGACCCACGCCGAGGGGCAGAGCAAGAUGGACAAGAAGGCGGUCACCCGGACGGACUUCCGCCACAGGCAGAUGGAGCUGCGCAAGAAGAUCAGGGACGUGCACAAGGCCAACGAGGAGUGCACCAAGACCAUCUCAGAGCUGGAAGAGACUCAGAAACUCAUGAGCAGCUCCCUCCUGGAGAAGCAGGAAAAGCUGUCCAUGAUGCAGGCGGACUCCGACACGCUGGAGGCUGACCUCCGCCGGCUGGUGGCCCUCAAGCGACAGAACCUUUCGGAGAUUGUGGCCCUGCAGACUCGCCUCAAGCACCUGCAGGCUGUGAUUGACGGGAGGUACGUGUUCCUGUUCCGCUCGAAGAAAUCCCUGCUGAUGGAGCACAGGCGGCUGAAUGACCGGUUGGGCCUGCUCAGCACCAUCCUCACCCAGGUGCAGGAUGAGCACCCCCAGUUCCAGGAGGCCCUCAGCAAGGUUACCCAGAAGAUCGCCAGCAAGCUGGAGCCCACCUAG